GGGUUCGCUUUCUUUUAUUUUGAAAAUUUUCGGACCGUUUGUAUCAUUUCUUCUAUCUCUCUCUCUCUCUCAAAGCACACAGUAAUUCUCAUUCGAAUCUGCUCGCUGAGUUCUUCUCGAAAAUUGCCGUGCGUUUGCAGAUCCUUUGGUGUAUGUGAAGAAUACUUCCGUUUGCUUGCGGAUCUGCAAACGCAUCUGGAAGCUGUUGGCUAAAAUUUGAGUGGGUUUGCAAUUCAUCAAGCUCCGUGCGGUUCGCUGGACCACAUAAUUUUGAAUCAGUAAUAUCGACGAGUAAUAAAUGCGGAUUAUUUUUUGCCUUCUCAAUAGUAGGUGAAGACAGCGAAUGCCUACUCACUGCGUACUAAUUGUAUAAUGAUUUGUGGAAGACAUCCUCGAGCAAACUGGGUCUUUUCAAAUAGAUAUGGAAACUGAUAGGGCAAGCAAUGAUGGUUCUAGUCUUCAAAGACCAAGGGCUUUACAUGGGAGGACCAGUGGACCAGCUCGGCGUUCCACAAAGGGGCAAUGGACUGCCGAAGAGGAUGAGAUAUUGCGGAUGGCUGUUCAUCGCUUCAAAGGAAAGAACUGGAAAAAGAUAGCGGAGUGUUUCAGGGAUAGAACAGAUGUACAGUGCUUGCAUAGGUGGCAGAAGGUUCUUAAUCCUGAACUGGUCAAAGGACCAUGGACAAAAGAGGAGGAUGAGAAAAUAAUUGAAUUGGUGAAUAAAUUUGGACCAAAAAAGUGGUCUACCAUUGCACAGCAUCUUCCAGGUCGGAUUGGAAAGCAAUGCCGAGAGAGGUGGCACAAUCAUCUUAAUCCCAACAUAAACAAAGAAGCUUGGACGCAAGAGGAGGAAUUGACUUUGAUUCGGGCUCAUCAAGUCUAUGGAAAUAAAUGGGCAGAGUUAACUAAGUUUUUACCCGGGAGAACUGACAAUUCAAUCAAGAAUCACUGGAAUAGUGCUGUCAAGAAGAAACUGGACAUGUACAUGGCUUCCGGAUUGCUUUCACAAUUCCAAGAUCUUCCCCUUGUUGUUCGCCCACAUCAUCUGGAAGCUUCCUCGUCAUCAAAGGCGAAGCAAAGCAGUGAAGAUGGAAGUGUAGUUAAAGUUGGAGCAGAAGUGGAAGAGGCUUCUGAAUGCAGUCAAGGUUCAAUGUCUCGAACUACAAGCAACAAUAUCUCACUUGAUAAUUCCAGAGCAGCAAUUGAGGAGGCAUCUUUGGUUCCAUAUCCUGAAGAUUAUCAGCCUGUGUUUCAAGAAGCUGCAUUCAUGGGAUCCAAUUUGCCUAUUGACGACAAUCUUUGCCUUGAUUGGGGGGUUUUCGAAGAGAAAGAUUGGCAACAAAAUCCUCAAAAACUCCCCAAUGUGCCUAUGCUUGAACUCCAGCAAGAGUCAUCCGGAUUAUUCUGGGCACCGCAGAAUAACUGUGAAGCAGCCGUAUCAUUUCCUCAAGAACCUUGUAUUGCAUCUGGAGACAUAAUUGCCAGUAUGGAUAACUCUAACAUGGUAUAUGAUGAGGCUGUCCAUGGAGAAUGUUGUCCAUCUGAAAUAGAUAUAAUCAACAUGACUUGCCAUGGUUCGACAUUUCAGAUUCCUGAAGACGGGACUUCUACUUUGCAGUCUUGUUUAAUCCCUUCUGAAGUCCCCAUUGCUACACAGCUUUCAACUGCUUCAGAUGGUUCAUUACUGUCCAGCUCUUGUAAAGAUUCAAGCAUUUGUUAUUCAAACAAGAAUGCCGAGCUGGAGUCGAAUCCACCAAGUAUGCAUGAAGACUUCAUUGAACCCAAAGAGUCCGAUGGAUCAGCCUACGAAGGUGGUGAUUGUGCUGCAAUGGACUCACGAAAACUAGUUCCCGCAAAUGAUCUCAUUUCGGCCCGGUCUGGUGAAUCUCAAUGCUGUUCUUUGGUGGGAAAGGGUGAGGACAGUAAAACCAAUGAGCCAAAGGACUCUGGGGUUUUAUGCUACGAGCCUCCUCGUUUUCCAAGCUUGGAUGUUCCGUUCUUCAGCUGUGAUCUCAUGCAAUCAGACAUGCAGCAAGAGUACAGUCCCCUGGGGAUUCGCCAGUUGAUGCUGUCUUCCUUAACUCCAUUCAAAAUGUGGGAUUCUCCAUCGAGAGAUAAUUGUAGUCCUGAGGCAGUCCUAAAGAGUGCUGCCAAGACGUUUACAGGGACGCCGUCAAUACUGAGGAAAAGACACCGGGAUUUAGUGUCUCCUUUGUCGGAACAAAGAGGCGAAAAGAAGCUUGGAAGCUGUGCAUUUUCGAAUCUGGCCAAUGAUUUUUCCAGAUUAGAGGUUAUGUUUAAUGAAUGUGCAGACAAACCUCUGCUUCCACCAUCUCCCAACCAAAGACACUUUGAGGUGUCCUGUACAGUAAAACAGGGUGCGACUUCUCCUGGUAUAAACACCGAAAAUCAAGGAAAAGACCAUGCCAUCAUUUCUGAAAACGCAAUGGCAGCGCGGAAGGCAAACGGCAGCCAUUGUUCGACCGAGAUUGCAGAAGAGACUCAAGUCCAGGAUGCCAAAAUAAACAGUGAAGGCAAUUCUGUGGAAACAGGAAUAGAGAUUUCAGGAAUCCUUGUUGAGCAUGACUUGAAUGAUCUGCUAUUCUUUUCUCCGGAUCGUCAUGGAGUCAGAACUGAUAAAGCAUUCGUGUCGAAGCAUGGAAUCACUCUACCUUCCUCUGACUCACGUUUUUCAGUGGUUUGUUCUCCUCGACUCACUGCAAGUAAGGACGGCACUAAUUUGGUCAUAACUACAUCUCUGCAAACUUCCACCACUCCUGCAAAUAAGAAAGCCGAAUGUUCAGGCAAAGGUGUCGCCUUUGAAAACAACAGCAUUUUUGUCGAGACACCAUUCAGGAGGAGUUUAGAAUCUCCCUCAGCUUGGAAAUCCCCAUGGUUUCUCGAUGGUUUCGUUCCUGGCCCAAGAGUUGACACAGAUAUAACAGUCGAGGACAUUGGCUACUUUCUGAGCCCCGGGGAUUGUAGCUACGAUGCAAUCGGGCUGAUGAAGCAAUUAGGAGAGCAAACAGCCAGAACUUUUGCUGAUGCACAUGAGGUUUUGGGAAAUGAAACCCCUGAAACAUUGAUGAAGGCAAAAUACUCUAAAGCUGAAAAGGAGAAUCAAGAACAUCGUUUGGUUUCAUCGUCAAAUGCCAUGAGGGAGAGGCGCACUCUCGACUUCAGCGAAUGCGGAACUCCUCCUCGUCCGGAAAAGGGAAGUAAAAAACCUUCAAGCAGCAGUGCUAGUUUCUCCAGUCCAUCUUCGUACUUGUUGAAAGGUUGCAGGUAAAGUUGCGUGUUGAUCUGAUCAAUUCUUGCUUGCUUGGCUCUUAAUGUUCUAUAAUGUGUUUUUUACUCUUCCUACUACUUGCUUUGCUUUAUAGAAUAUGUGUAGUAGUGGCAAGUAUAAUAUGUGCAUCAUUUAUUGAUCUUAAGAAGAUGGAAUAUACUCUAAAACUUACAACAAAUCAACAUGGUGGUUUUGUGUCCAAAUACACUAAACUACUACUAUACAUGCCAUCUAUAAUAUAAAUAUAUAUAAUGUCUGUGUAAUAUAUAAUACAGUAUGUUUUAUGUAUAAAAGCAAUUACUCAUUUCUUGCC